CCGGCGGCAAAGCACAUGACGGCAGAGGAAAAACAAGAUGAUACGGCAACGGCAGCGCCCGGACGCAACGAAACGUCAUCGGCGUCGUAGCAAUAUAUAAAUACAUACGGCGCUGCCGACGUCCCGCGUCUUUUAUUAAUAGAGUAGCGCGAGAGGCGAGAGCGGGGUCCUGCAAGCGAACGGACAUUUGCAGUGGAACCAGAGCCUAGGUCUUGGGUUUGGGGCAUGAUCGUGUAAACGUAGACGUUAGCGGGUCGCGGCUGGAUGCUGAUGGCAUGUGCGAGACUCUCGUGGUGAUGAGUGAGUGUCGUCGGAAUCGUCGGAACGCCAAAUUAUCGACAUCUACAGCAGUCUGCGGGACGACGGUGGAUGGUGUCCGCGUCCGCGUCCGCAGUGCGCAUUAAGCAAUCAAUGAGGAAGCUGCCGGUGGCAGAUCGCGCGAUUUUCUCCCGUCCGGGCACGAGAGUGCGUAAUCCCGCUCCUGGCCUCCCCGUGCUGGUGCUCUUGGUCCUGGUCUUGGUCUUGGUCCCGACCUUGGAGCAGUUGCGCUAGCCCGACGCCUUCGUUCGUUGGUGAUGGGAGUCGGCACGCAGCGCGCCGCCAGCCGGUGACGGUGACGUGACCUGAGGAAUGUUCAUCCCCGACACGUUGCGCAGCUGCAUGGUGGAGCCCGAUGUGUCCUCGUAUCUCCAGACGCCGUCCUCGGGACAGGACGAGUUCCACCCAUUCAUCGAGGCACUCCUGCCUUUUGUCAAGUCCUUCUCGUACACGUGGUUUAAUCUACAAGCCGCAAAGAGAAAAUACUACAAAAAACACGAAAAACGGAUGUCUUUGGAGGAAGAGAGACAGUGCAAAGAAGCUUUGCAGAACGAAAAGGCAGAGGUUAAGCAAAAAUGGGCGUCCCGUCUGUUGGGAAAGCUCCGGAAGGACAUCACGCAGGAAUGUCGCGAGGAUUUCGUGUUGAGCAUAACCGGAAAGCGUCCUGCCGUCUGCGUGCUUUCCAAUCCCGAUCAAAAAGGCAAAAUGCGCCGAAUAGACUGUCUACGACAAGCGGAUAAAGUAUGGCGCUUGGAUCUCGUUAUGGUGAUACUUUUUAAAGCAAUACCUCUAGAAAGUACGGAUGGCGAAAGGCUCGAGAAAAAUCCGGACUGUUCUCAACCUGGACUUUGUGUAAAUCCAUAUCAUAUUAAUGUGUCAGUGCGAGAACUGGAUCUUUAUCUAGCCAACUUCAUCAACAGCCACGAAAUAUUAAGUGGGGUUUGUUAUAACAAUAACAACAACAAAAAAGAAGACGACCGGAAAAAUAAAGUUACAGGUUACACCCACAAUCCUUACAACGGUGUAAUAUGUAAUGACAUUAUAUUAGCCACAGGAGUAUUUUCAUCAAAGGAAUUAUGGAAGUUGUCCAAAUCUUCUAUAUUGCACGAACUGUCGGAUCCUCAACCGACGAUGAACAGUGUCAAAUUAGAACACCCGGCCUAUUAUUGCAACAACUACUCCGAGCAGGGCCCCGUUGUUGCCGAUCGAACAACGUCCGUCGACGCGAUGGUAGUAUCCGCAGCCUACUCCAUACCUCAAAAUACCACUUUAGUGUCUUCCAGUUCUCAACCGAAUCCAAGUACAAUAUUUUAUCAACACAGUCCGGAGCAACAUCAGCAUCAGCAUCAAAACCAAGUCAAGUAUCCCGAAAACGGCCACGACACGCUGUCAGACUUCGUGACAUUCGUGUGUCAAGAGACCGACAGCAACAAUCAAAACGCACAAAUGCAAACGAACAUGUCAAGAAGUCCGAAGACACAAUACUUCCCGUCGACGAUGCUACCGCCGCCGCCACUACCCCCGAUGGCGAGACCCGUGGCGAUAAUCCGAUCGACGGGCGACGUUACCCUCAGCGGAGGGACCAACUCGCCUCCGGCGAGCAUAACGCCGCCUUGUAGCGAAGCCUCCCCCGCCGACGAUGUACCGGAGAUCAGCUCGUCACCGCCCCUCAGUCCGGGCAAUCCCGAUCGCCGCAAAUCUCCAACACAAAGAAAUUCGGUGCCGACCAGCAGCCCGUACUCGCCGACCCGGGACUACUCCUUCAACCACUUUCAUGGGCAGCCGGGACAUCUCUUCAGCUACCCCAGUAUGAGCGGGAUGUCUGGAGUUAUCAGUCCUACGAAUCUCAGCAUGUACUCGCCCAGCGUGAGUACGUCCAGAGGUACUCCGCGUUCUAGCAGCAUACCGAGAUGGAGCACGCCGCUGUUCACAUUGGACCAAGAGGACUUUAACAUGAUAGCGCAUCAAACGAACCCCGAGUCCAACGCGAUCAUUCUGAUGGACGACGGAACGACGGCGACUUCCAGUUCAGAGCAUGGACAGUGCUGCAACAGUGCGAAUCUUAUGUGCGAUACGGACCGAUUCUUUCAAGCGGGCGAUGCCUUAGAGAACUCUGGGCCUCGGGAGUCCGACCAGCUGCCCGCCGCACCGAAGUCCCCGUGAUCGUCGACAAACUGCCUUAUGAUCUUGCAGCUUUCUUGCCAAUUUAUGUGUGAUGAUUAUGUUGGAUUUUGAUGAUUUCACGCGACUCGGUGCGCAACUAGGCUGCUCAAGUAGCGUAGUCGCCUUAGGAUAGUUAUUUACUUGUAUACUUAUACUAUAGUCCGGUGCCAAGACAGGCUGUGUGAUGAUCGUUCGCGGAUUUGGACUGAUCGCGUACGAGCAGACACACGGUGACGCGGUCAGUCCUGCGACGGCCUGAAUACGUUGGUCAAGUUAGUUACAAUUCCGUUCCUAUGUUGGGUAGAAUAUCCAGCGAUGCUUGUCUUCCACAAACGUGCUUGUCGAGCGAACAAGCAAUGAGCUGGGUCUGUGCCUUAGUAUUACAAUAAUAUUAAACUGUUACCGUAGCUUAGUUAGAAACGUUAUAACCGAGCUUGCUCACAGCGCAACGCCAGCUCAACUGUAUAUUACGACUAUACGUGAGUUGCCAGCUGCACCAAAUGGCAUUAUAGUUCACAUGUAUAUAACAUAUAUUUAUAUACUACUGUAUAUUACGUCACCACGGCCCAACAGUCACCUUCUUAAUCCUUACACAAAACAAAAUCGUCUUUCGUUCUCAAAAACUCCUCCCGAGUCUCGAAACCCCACAAGCCUCUCUUUCGACUCCGACCGAUUUUUCGGGCUACUGUUGGCGUCGUCGUGAUCAGUUGUUAAUUAAAUCUACUGUGAUUGAGUACCUUUAAAGCAGCCGCGGCCGAGCGAAGGGUGCGACGGACAGGUCCCGGACGUUCCCCAGGUCACGCUCAUCCCGACUCCUUUAUCUUCUCAUUUCUAGUCGCGUAUGGCAGAGUGACCCCGACUGAUGUACCUAUCCCUCCGCUCUGAUUAACAAGUAUUGCUCUUCUGGGCACUCUGCAUUUCGUUUACCUACUUCCCUAAAUCUCCCUAGUACAAAUUUUUAGACCUUCAUUGUCGACGAAAACAUGGAAAAAGCUUACUUGGUUAAGAAAUAUACAUAAUAAUGUGAUAUAUGUACACUUACACGACAUACGUAAAGUUCAUCGAAUCGUGCAUCCAUCCAUCGUAACAUACAAGUCAAUAAAACUAACUCGGUGUAUGACUCUAGAUUGUUAGAUUUUUAUACUAAAUUUAAAAGGGAACGAAAAUAAUAAUUAUACUUAUACCGACGUAAACUUUGUCGAUUUAUUUAUUUAAUACGUAAUAAUCGUAGUACAAUUGUUUUAAAGCUUUAAACAUUAAUAUACUUAACCAGGUCUGUAUCGAUAUUUUUUAACUAAUUCAAGCUUUUUAAUCACUAAUUGUAUUAAAUAAUUUCUAAACACACGUGAAGAUCUAAUAAUUUGGAAUAUUUAUUAAUGUACUCCAAUGUUACAAUUAUACCGUAAAUAAAUAACAAAAAGUAUUUGUUACUUACGCAUAUACUUAUAGAAUCGGGUGAUAUUUAACCAGUGCCAUUGAUAUUUUUGAUUCAAUUGUUGGACGUGUAAACGUCAGUAGUGGUUAUUACUAUUAUUAUUAUUACAAUUAUUAUUAAGUAGUAUGCUUAACAAAGCGAUUGUAUGACCUUAAUUUUAAGAAUAAAUCAGAGGGUUUAUUUAAUAAA